CCUGUCUUCCGGAACGUGCGCUUUCUGUUUUCUUCCGAGCGAAGUGAACCUCUUCAGCCUCCGUAGGCAGUGGGCUCAAAGUGCCGGUCAAAAUGGAGGUGAAUCCCCCCAAACAGGAGCACCUACUGGCCCUGAAAGUAAUGCGGUUGACCAAGCCUACUUUAUUCACCAAUAUUCCAGUAACAUGUGAAGAGAAAGACUUACCUGGAGAUCUCUUUAACCAACUUAUGAGAGAUGAUCCUUCAACUGUAAAUGGUGCAGAAAUUUUAAUGUUGGGAGAAAUGUUGACCUUACCACAGAAUUUUGGGAAUAUAUUUUUGGGAGAGACCUUUUCCAGUUAUAUCAGCGUCCAUAAUGAUAGCAAUCAAGUUGUAAAAGAUAUAUUGGUUAAAGCUGAUCUUCAGACAAGUUCUCAGCGUUUGAAUCUUUCAGCCUCUAACGCUGCAGUGGCCGAACUUAAACCCGAUUGUUGUAUUGAUGAUGUCAUACACCAUGAAGUAAAGGAAAUUGGAACACACAUCUUGGUGUGUGCAGUGAGUUACACAACUCAGGGUGGAGAAAAAAUGUAUUUUAGAAAAUUCUUCAAGUUUCAGGUUCUCAAACCAUUGGAUGUGAAAACCAAAUUUUACAAUGCAGAGAGUGACCUCAGUUCUGUGACUGAUGAAGUAUUUCUUGAAGCCCAGAUUCAGAAUAUUACAACCUCACCCAUGUUUAUGGAGAAGGUUUCAUUGGAGCCAUCUAUAAUGUACAAUGUAGCAGAAUUAAAUUCAGUCAACCAAGCUGGAGAAUGUGUAACUACAUUUGGGUCAAGAGCAUAUUUGCAGCCAAUGGAUACACGCCAGUACUUAUACUGCCUAAAACCCAAGAAGGAGUUUGCAGAAAAAGCAGGCAUAAUUAAGGGAGUAACGGUAAUUGGAAAAUUGGAUAUAGUAUGGAAAACAAAUCUAGGUGAAAGGGGAAGAUUACAGACCAGCCAACUUCAAAGAAUGGCUCCAGGUUAUGGAGAUGUUAGGUUGUCUUUGGAAGCAAUCCCAGACACUGUAAACCUCGAAGAACCUUUUCAUAUUACUUGUAAAAUAACAAACUGCAGCAGUGAAAGAACAAUGGAUCUAGUUUUGGAAAUGUGCAAUACCAAUUCUAUCCACUGGUGUGGCAUUUCAGGAAGACAACUUGGAAAGCUGCAUCCAAGUUCCUCUCUCUGCCUUGCCCUCACACUACUGUCUUCAGUACAAGGACUGCAAAGCGUCUCUGGCUUAAGACUAACAGACACAUUCUUAAAGAGAACGUACGAAUAUGAUGACAUCGCACAAGUCUGUGUGGUAUCUUCGGCCAUUAAAGUGGAAAGUUGAAGAAAAUGUCCAAUGUUACACUUUUCAUUGAGUUGCCCAGAAUUUUCUGCAUUUUUGCCACCUUUGUAAAAUGAUCAACAGUAAAAAUAAGUAUGUUAUUUAAAUUUCUUUCCUAUAAAAGUUAAAAUAUUAAAUAUUUGUUUUGAAAAGAA